AUGCCGGACUUCAAGGACGUCAUGCAGCACAAUUCCAAAGAGUCUUGUUGGAUCAUUAUUGGUGGGAAUGCAUAUGAUAUGACCGCCUUUGUCGACGACCACCCUGGUGGUUCGGAUGCGAUUAUGCGGACGGUACAGAAGAAUACAAGGCCUUCCACUUGCCUGGCACCAUCGAGAACCACACUCCCUAAAGACAAAGAUCUCGGCCCUGUAUCUCAUCUACCAGAAUCAAAGACAGCGGCAUCAGCCAACACGGAGACCCAAUCAUCCCCCAUCGAUAUCCUACCUCUCUCCGCUUGCCAAUCGCUUGAAGAUCUCGAAGCAGUCGACAAAGCGCGUCUGUCUCCGCACGCAGCAGCCUACUAUAACAGUGCUGCCGACUUACCCGUAUUCAUUGCCCCUGCAACAAUGGCAAAGCUAGGUCAUGAAGAUGGCGAAAGGUGCCUUGCUCGUGGCGCGGCAAGGAUGGAUAUUGCACAAUGUGUAUGUAUCUACUCAAGUGUACCUGUCCCGGAUGUCAUGGAGUGCUUUCGUACAGAUCCCCAUCGUCGCGACGGCGCGCUUUUCUUUCAGCUAUAUGUUCCGAAGGACAAGAAUGGAGCUAAAGCACUUAUUAAAAGAGCCAAAGAGCUUGGCUUCAAAGCCCUUGUCGUUACGGUAGACUCUCCGGUUAUUGGCAAACGAGAUAGCGACGACCGCUUCAAGGCACUUCGACAGCACAGCUCUGGUCAAAGCUCUGGUAAUGUAGUGCUGCCACCUUUACCAGGACAUGGGGCUCAGAUGCUGCGAGGUGUGCAUUGCUCAAACUUUACAUGGAGAGGCCUUGUUUGGAUUCGGCGUGCUUGGAGCGAUCUGCCUAUCGUGCUGAAGGGAAUUCAGACCGCGGAAGAUGCGGCGGAGGCAAUGAAGCACGAUGUGCAGGGGAUAUAUCUAAGCAACCACGGUGGAAGACAGGUUGACUACGCUCCGAUUGCAGUUGAUACAUUGAUAGACAUUCGACUGCAAUGUCCAGAAGUUCUUAAGAAGCUGGAUGUAUAUGUUUACGGUGGCGUCAUGAGAGGAUUAGACAUUCUCAAGGCGCUGUGCCUCGGUGCUCGCAGGGUAGGCAUUGGCCGUGGCUUUUUAUAUGCUCUCAGCGCAUAUGGAAACAAUGGCGUGGUUUCUGCUAUAAACAUCUUGAGCGAUGAGCUCCAAACCACUAUGCGCCUGCUAGGCGUCACCAGUCUUUCUCAGCUCAGCGAAAACUAUGUAGAUAUCUCUGAGAUUCUAUCACAGCGACAGCAUUACCUCCGGCGGCCUAUUCUAAAACUUUAA